AGUUGAUUGAUACACCCCAAAAAAUGGUAUACAAUGCUUUUGGCACUAUUAUCUUGUUAUUUUAAAGAAACAAUUUGUUGAGGUUUCGGAAGAUGAUUUUGUAUAAAAAUGUUGAUGACUUGACUAAUAGCCAUCAGUUUCACGUUAACUGCACAAAUCUACAAUUGAGAAGAUUUUUCUAACAUCAAUAGUUCAAUAAGAUGCGCGUAUUUUUGACAUUGUGCUCAAUGGCUGCUUUAGCUUUGGCUAAGCCACAAUACAAUUACGGUAGUGGUGUUUCUGGCAGCUUUGGAAGCUCUGGCAAUAUUGGAGGGCUCAGUGGUCUUGGUUUUGGAGGAUUGGGCAGUAGUUCUGGAGCUUCAUUUGGGGGUGGUGCUGGAAAAUUCCAAGGAGGUAAUGGUGGUGGAUUCUCCUCUGGAGCUAUUGGCGGUGGUUCUUCAUUCGGUUCUGGCUCUAUUGGUGGUGGUUCAUCGUUUGGUUCUGGUUCUAUUGGCGGUGGUUCAUCAUUCGGUUCUGGUUCCAUAGGUGGUGGCUCAUCAUUUGGCGGUUUCCAAUCAAGCUCAUCAAAUUACAAUCAAUAUUCCCAACAACAACAGCACUCAGCCCAAUUCGAAGCUCCUUUCGUGCAUAAACAAUUCAUUACUGUUGCUGCACCCGAAGAUAACGAAAAUUUGGAACGCACCAAACAUUUAGUUAUUGGUCGUCCUCAAAAGAACUAUCGCGUCGUCUUCAUUAAAGCUCCAUCAUCCAGCAAUGCCAAUGUCAAGUUGUCUGCCGAAUAUGCUCCCCAAGAAGAAAAGACCGUCAUUUACGUUUUGUCCAAAAAGGAUAGCUCUUUGGAAGUUGGCGACAUUGCUACUCCUGCUCCAUCCGUACCCAGCAAACCUGAAGUAUUCUUCAUUAAAUAUAAGACCGAAGAAGAAGCUCAACAUGCCCAAAAACAAAUUCAAGCCGAAUACGAUAAAAUCGAAGGCACCUCCGAACAUACUGAUGCUGGCGUUGCUCCCCAACAGUCGGUUGUUGGUAUUUUGGAUGGAUCUAAUGGUGGUGCUUCAGGUGCCGGUACUGGUGCUGGAUUUGGCAAUUCUGGUAACGCUAUUGGUGGCGGUUCUGGAAUUUCUAGUGCAUUUGUUGGCGGUAAUGGAGCCAAAUCUUCUGCUUACUUGCCUCCUGCUGGUCAUUAAUAGUUUUUAUCGCAUUUUUAAACACUCGAAAAGUAUUAAUGGUAUACGAGUAAAUGUUAAGUUUUUUUAAAAUUAGAAGAAUAAAAACGUUGAAACGGGA